AAAGAAGCACUUAUCGAGCGCGCUGGAUUGACUGGAUGGUGGCAGUGUAUGACCGCUGACUUCAAGGAAAGUCGAUUAUCAAUAGAAAGGGCGUCGUAUAUCUUUUUGUAGCAUCUACAAGGCGUCGUCUGAAAACUCAAAGACGAACUUUAGUUAAUUUAAUCGAUUUAACCUAAGUAAUCGAAACCGGGAGCCAGGAUAGCGAAAUGCGAUUACGUCACUUCACGACUUCACGUGACCAGACACUUUUCUUUUUGGCACGUGACUAAUUUUUGCCCAAUGGGAGUGACCAAAUUUUGCACUCGAUUGAUUGACCCACACAUGGGGCAAAUGGCGGUAGAGGCAAGCGCGCGAACUUCGUCCGCGUUAUGCAAUUAUGUCGUUUAGGGUGUUCUAGCGUGUUGCAAAGUUUUGACGUAGGCCACAGUUAAAGUGUCGGCGCAGCAAUGAGCAACGAAAUUAAAGCUAUCGACCGUGCCAGCGUUCACAGGAUAUGUUCGGGACAAGUGGUGUUGAACCUUGCCAUGGCUGUGAAAGAACUUGUGGAAAACAGCAUUGACGCUGGGGCUCGGAACAUCAGUGUGCGACUGAAAGAGUAUGGCAGCAAGCUCGUGGAAGUUGUUGACGACGGUGAUGGUGUGGAAGAAGCCAACUUCAAGGGGCUAACAUUGAAGUACCACACGUCAAAACUGAGGGACUUCUCCGACCUUCAAGACGUUGCGACCUUUGGGUUCAGGGGCGAGGCCCUGAGUUCGGUCUGCGCCCUCUGCAACUUGUCUAUAUCGACUUGCCACAAGGAUGCAGCGCAGGGGACUUUGCUGAAGUUUGACCAUCACGGAGUGAUCACUUCCAGGAAACCAUGUGCCAGGGAGCGAGGCACGACGGUGAGCCUGGAGAACCUGUUUGUGACACUGCCCGUCCGUCACAAGGAGUUUCUGUCCAACUUGAAGCGGGAGUUCAACAAGAUGGCCGCCCUGCUGACUGGAUACUGCCUGGUGGCCACCGGAGUCAACAUCACCUGCACAAAUCAUCUGGACGGAGGGAGGAAGCAGAUGGUUCUUAGUAGCCAGGGUUCCACGUCUGUUCGUGAGCGGAUUUCGGCAGUGUUUGGCGCAAAAGAGACAUCGAGGCUGCUAGAAAUCGAACAUUGCCCUCCAAGCGACGAAGUGCUUGAAGAGUUUUCGCUCACGGAUGCCGUGCUGGAUGACUCUGCCCGUCUCAGGAUCGAAGGCUUCGUCUCCACGUGCGCCCACGGCGGCGGUCGCAGCUCGUCUGACCGCCAGUUCAUCUUCAUCAAUUCCCGUCCCUGCGAGCUCCCAAAGCUGACGAAGCUGGUGAAUGCGGUGUACCACACCUUCAACCGCGACCAGUACCCGUUCCUCUUCAUCAACAUCCACCUGCAGCGACAGAGCGUCGAUGUCAACGUCACACCGGACAAGCGCUCGGUGUUCCUUCACCACGAAAAGCACCUCCUAGCCCUUGUCAAGUCCUCGCUACUGGCGACAUUCCGCCCAGUGGCCGCGACCUACGAGCGUCGGGAAUUCUCCUCGCCCCUUUCUUCGUCCCAGUCGCAAGGUUCCCUGUCUAGGUUUUUGAGUUCAAGCUCUCCGUGCGGUGCCAGAAACGUCUUGAAACCUGGCUCUCCAGGCACGGGCAUGAAGAGGGUGCUCUCUGCAACUAGCUCUCCCACUGGCCAGAGGCUCUCACUUCAAAGCUUCAAGUUCCGUCGCAUCGAAGCGACCGCGAGCGAAGAACCCUCACCUAAUCUCGACGCUUCCUUGGAUUCCAUCCUUGCAAUGCCAGAGUCCAAAGAAGCCUCGUCAUUCGACGUGACAAGCACUUCAGCGUUCGAGCCAAACUCUAAUGAAGAAGAUGCGUUGGACGUCGACAGAUCGCAGAUGUCGUCGCAAGCAACGACUUCCCAGGCGACUUCCCAGGUGACCUCACAGACCAGUUUGCAGUUGACACAGCUUCAGAGUCUAAGCAGCAACUUGUCAGACCUGAGCGAAUGCACCUUGACUCCAGAUUCCAAAACUCCGAGCGAAGAAGAAAGAGGCGAAGAUGUGGAACCAACAUGCCACUCGUUGGGAGGUACUCGCGGCACCGAACGUUCCGUAACAUUGCGCCACGGUGGACCAUCGUCGGUGUGUGUCGGAACAACUGUUCCAAGAGUGCCUAAAAGUUCCAGUGAACGCUUAAUUUCCAAAAAGGGCAGCGAUGGAAAGCUGGGGACCGCUGUUGGUCUUCGAUUGUUGCAGGCAUUUCGGUUCGGGUCAAGCUCUACAUACUUGGAGCAGACGGAAGCAAUCCGGCAAUCUGACGUGCAGAGGACGCCGACAAAAGACAGUCAAGACUCGGAAGUCGAUGGCAUGUUCUUGUGCAACAGUGAAAGUGACAGUGUUAUGCCUGAAUCCGAACUUCUUCACAGCAAGGGUGACCUUCUCAAAUCAGAGCGACUGCCUGUCGAAGAGUUUGAAGUGGACAAACGUUCGGAGGUGCCCCGGAGAGUUAGGACAUUGGAGUUUUGUCUCUCUCGUCUGCGUCGGGAGACGAAGGAAUUGCAAAAUGAUGCAUGCUCUGCAGGCAACGAAGAACACUCGAAACCAGCAUCUCGCAAGUUUAGGGCGACUAUAUCGCCGUCUGAUAACGCAGCGGCCGAGAACGAACUGGCCAAGGAAAUUAGCAAGGACAUGUUUGGACAAAUGGAGAUCAUUGGGCAAUUUAACCUGGGUUUCAUUGUGGCCAAGCUUGGAGACGACCUGUUCAUUGUCGACCAACACGCCGCGGACGAAAAGUACAACUUUGAGAGGUUGGAGCGCGACACCGUCAUGAAAGGACAGAAGUUGCUCGCCCCACAACCGCUCGAGUUGACGGCAGUCAACGAGUCGGUCCUGAUCGAGAACCGCGAGGUGUUUGAGAAGAACGGGUUUGCCUUUGAAGUGGACGAGUCGCAGCCGUCGGGUUGCAAGGUCAAGCUGGUCAGCGUCCCCGCCAGUGGAAGCUGGCAGUUCGGCAAAGAGGAUGUCGAUGAGCUCAUCUUCAUGCUGAGCGACAACCCGCACACAGUUUGCCGGCCGUCCAAGGUGCGCCAGAUGUUUGCGUCCAGAGCAUGCCGCAAGUCUGUCAUGGUGGGCAUGCCAUUGACGUCGGCUACCAUGGGCAAAGUGGUGAGCCACCUUGGUGAGCUGCACCACCCCUGGAACUGUCCUCACGGAAGACCCACAAUGCGGCAUCUUGUCAACUUGGCCAUUCUACCGGACUGAAGUGAAGUCUUCUCUAGAACAUGUAAAGAAUGAAUGACUGGACACAA